AUGACCGUACAGACGAAAGCAAUCUCGCUCAAAAUAGUUUCAUUCGAAACUAGCAUCAUGGGACGUCAUUAUCUCAUUCAUCCAAUUAAAUUCGCGGACGCCAAGAUCAUUGUGAUGACGUCACAUUUGGAAAGUCUCGUCGACAACGGCGCUGAACGAAAGAAACAGUUUUCGGAAAUUCUAGACUACAUGAAACGCCAGAAUGAGAACUUUAAUGUAAUUUUUGGCGGGGAUACAAAUCUUCGCGAUACCGAGGUCAAUGCUGUGGGGGGUGUACCCGGUGGCAUCCUUGACGCGUGGGCAAGCUGUGGUAGUGCGCUGACCACAAAGUACACAUGGAACAUGGCUGAAAAUAACAACAACGGUAAAGCGUAUCAACGGCCGCCUAAGUUUCGCUUCGAUCGAAUUUUUGUUCGCCCAGCGAAAGAAGCAAAAGCUAUUAAACCCAGCACGUUUGCUCUCGUAGGAAAAGAACGGCUAAAGGGCUGUAAAAGAUUUGCCAGUGAUCAUUGGGCCAAAUGGUUAGAACUUAGCGUUCAAUAG